UACUACUCGGAGAGAGGCACUGAGCACGACCCAUCGUGACGCAGACACAGACACGGUUCCAACCCCGUCGUCCCGUCUUUUCUCCCGUCUCUUCCCCAACCCGACAAGCGCGCAGCAAGUCUUUUCUUUCCCCCCCUCCUCUCCUCCGCCGGAACUCUUUCUAGCUCGGCUUCGGCCUUUGGGACUGAGACUGCGCAUCCCAUAGCGUCCGCCCCCCUCUCUCCCCUACUGCGGGUAUGGAUCAGGAGUCCACUUAAAAAUCCCGGCGCUUCCACCACCCACCUCAUGCGUCGUCGGUAGGGGGCGUAUUUCCAAUCUCUUUAGGCUCUACCAACCUUGGAUUCUUCCCGGGUCUCGCUGCUUCCCGUGAUCGGCCGCAUUGUGUUCCGGCCGGGGUGUCCUUGGAGCUAGCCUCUUUGGAGUGGCCUGCGGCUGCGGGAGUGGUAAUUAGUUUCUACUUCGAGGAAGUAGCCUUCUUUCCGUGGGGGCUCAAUGGCGAACGACGGCGAGCAGUCCGCGGUCGCUGCCUCAGCCGAGCCUGACCUGGAGCGGGGGCGCGUUGCCGCCGGCGGCGGCGGAAGGCGACUGGGCGGGCAGAGCUCCGGGGAGGAGGAGGAAGGGGAGGGGAGCCAGCGCUUAUCGGACGCCGAGGACCGGUCGUGGCACUCGCGCCAGAACUCCGCCGCGGCCGAGGACCGCGCCUCGACGUCCGCGUCCGUCCGCUCCGGCGCUGGUGGCGCAGGGGACGGGGAAGGCGAGGCCGCGGCCGGGCGCGAGCGGAAGUCGUGCGUGUCGGAGUGCUCGCUGGACGACGUGGACCUGGAGGCCGGGCCGGCGGCCGAGAUCACCAAGGCCAGCCCCGACAAGGACGAGAUGAACUGCCGCAUCUGCCACCUGGGCCUCGAGAGCGCCGCGGCCGAGUCCGGCGCCGGCAUCGUGCUCGGCUGCUCCUGCAAGGACGACCUCUCCUGCGCCCACAAGCAGUGCGCCGAGACCUGGUUCAAGAUCAGGGGCAACAAGAUCUGCGAAGUCUGCGGCUCGACGGCGUGCAACGUGGUUGGUUUCGGCGAUGCGGAGUUCAUGGAGCAGUGGAACGAAUCAGGCAACUCGGCAGGCCCUCAAGCGCCGGCGAACGAGACGCGGAGGUUCUGGCAAGGCCACCGGUUCCUCAACUUCCUCCUGGCCUGCAUGGUGUUUGCCUUCGUCAUAUCCUGGCUCUUCCACUUCAACGUCCCCGGAUGAGCCCCCGUCGCGCGCCGAAUUGUUAAUAAAAGAACGUUGAAGCCAUUGCUGCUGGCAGAAAUGGCGGGUGUUGUCGGGUCAAAAACUUGAAAAGCAAUCUGGGUGGACGUGAGCCGAAGAGCUGGGUGACCAUUGGUGAAGUGGAGGUGAAAUAUUUGGUGCAUGAUGUCGUUAGUUUUGUAGAAAGUUGGUGGUGUUGCGCCUGGAAGAGACGGAAGAGGGGCAAAUUUAUUGGGAAAAUGGGGGGCAUGGUGCGCACCAUGCAUUGUGAUUCUCAUGCUGGGUGGCUUAAAUUAAAUAUUGUUAGCAAGGUUUGAA